GAUCCGGCUCCGGGCGUCGUGCCCGCGCGGAUCAACUCCAACCCCCCGGCAUGACCGAGUUGCAGGCGGGCAGCGCCGGAGUUGAGGACAUCGCGGAGAACGCGGAGGAGAAGUACCGCGCGCUCGCCUACGACACUGCCCUGAGCACCCUGCUGGCGGUGGCCCUGUACGUGAUGGUCAAAGUGAGCCUGGACGGCUUCCGGCAGUGGCGGGCCAAGAUCUCGGUGCUGAUCGUGGGCUCGGGUCCGGUGGGUCUGACGGCCGCGCUGGUCGCUGUCCGCUCCGGGAAGGUGCUGAAGCUGACCGUGCUGGACGAGCGGUACCGGAGCGCGCUGCUCUGCAGACCCCAGCAGAUCGCCCUGGACCCCCGCAGCGUGCGCUUCCUGCUGGGACUCGGGGUGGACUUCGAUAACAUGGAGGGCUGCUGGCACAACGAGCACUUCUUCACCAGGAUAGGCGUGUUUCAGGAGUACCUGCUGAGCAUCCUGGAGCAGAAGAAGCAGAGGGUGGAGGUCAAAGUGCAGCUGGGCACCAAGUUCACAGAGGAUUAUCUUCGGCGGAUUCCCCACAACAACUGGCCGCGCGUGAUCGUGGUGGCUGAUGGAUCGUGCGGCGACUCCUGCUCGGUGCUGGGGAUCAGCUCGGACUACACGGUGGAGUCCUGCCAUGCCUAUGGUGCUAAUGCCACUAUAGAGAGAUUAGACCAGAGGCAGGUGCCUACACCUGAGAUUCGUGCCCACAGCCUCUAUUUCGACUUGUCGGCUUAUGGAGUCGAGGCCUUCAGAGAGCAUCGAAACCCAACAGCCAAGCCCGGCUUCCACCUGAAGAUUUACGGCACCUUCAGAAACCGCUACAUGGCUCUCGUCUGCCCCGCCUCAGACACUAAGAUGGUUCGCUUCCUCCGACACACCCCAAACUCCUCUAUAAUGAAGAACAUUUUCCAUCAGUCCUUCAAUGCCUACAAAACGGACAUCGAGCCUCGUCUCAGCGACGUGACUCUCCACCACAUGCAGUGCAGCCGGCGUCUCUUCGAGAUCCAGUUAUCGCACCGACGCAUCAGUGCCGCCUACAUAGAGGGGGACAACGUGGCGGUCACGGUGGAGGGCGAGGCGGCACGAGUCCUCAACUUCGACACAGGCUGUGGGGUGAAUCUCGGUUUGCGCGGUCUGGAGUCGAUGGGGACGUUCAUUUACCGGACAGCCACGGCCGUGGACCAGAAUGAUAUCUUAGAGGCGCUGUCGGCGAAGAUGCAGCACUCCAGACAGGUGGCUGAGACCUUCAAGCAGACUGGACUCACUGAGUCAAUGUAUGAAUGAAACAUGGGCUGCUGUGGUGAAAGCAUUGUGCCACCUAGUGGAGAAACACA